AUGAUCUCCAGCUUCUUAGGCUCAUGUCGUCCUCUCUCGAUCUUUAUCAUCCGUCGCCUUUUGUCAACCCAACAGAAAAUCAACUCAAGAAAAGUACCUCCAUACGAAAAUGCAGAUCGAUCUUAUAUGGAUUUAUCUCAGAAAUUCUACGAAUCGAUGAAAGCAUGCGUAAGUAUUCGGUCGAAACCCUUGGCUCGAGGACUACAUUGUCAACUGAUCACAACUGGGUUAGACAUUUCAACUUUUGUCCAGAACAAUUUAAUCAACUUGUACGCGGGUUGUGGUUUGAUCGAUGAUGCGUCAUCAGUAUUUCAUGAGAUUGAGUUAAAAAACGUGUUUAGCUGGAACACGAUGAUCGAAGGGUUGAUAGAUUCAGGACGGGUUACAGCUGCAGAGAAGGUGUUUGACGAAAUGCCUCAAAGGGAUGUUGUUUCAUGGAACUCUAUGAUGUCUGGUUAUUUUCGUAAUGGGUUUCCAGAGAAGACUAUAGAGCCUGUGCUAGCCUCGAAAAUCUCAACUUGGCUUUCCAACUACACAGUUUUUUCUGAAAAGUUCAAGUUUUUAGGUGAUGAUUCUGUUGAUUCGUCAAUAGUUGAUAUGUACAUCAAGUGUGGAGCUCCAGAUAUUGCUGAACAUGUUUUCUUGAAGAUGCCAAACCCAAAUCUUUUUUCUUGGAAUUCUAUGAUCUAUGGUUACUCACAACUAUAUGAUGCUCAAAGGGCCUUGGAACUGUUCGAUCAAAUGCCUAAAAGAGAUCUCGUGUCUUGGAACAUGAUCAUUUCAAUAUUGUCUAAGCAUGGUCAUGUCACAAAGACUCUUGGUAUGUUCAUUGAGAUGUGUAUCCAAGGCUUUAAACCAAAUUCCAAGACAUAUGCGAGUGUCUUAAGUGCUUGUACUAAUGCACUUGAACUCAAAUGGGGUAUCCAUUUACAUGGGCGAAUCGUCCGAAUGCAACAACAUAUGGAUGCAUACAUUGGCACUGGUCUAAUUGACAUGUAUGCCAAAUGUGGACACUUCAAAAAAGCAUGCAAAAUAUUUAACAAUUUGAAAGAACACAACAUUGUAUCAUGGACAUCAAUGAUAGGAGGAGCAAUACAUAGUGGCAAUGAAGUGGAAGCCAUUUCAUUGUUCAAACAAAUGAAGGAAAUUCCAAUAACCUCUGAUCAAUUCACUCUAGCAACUGUUCUUGGAGCUUGUUGUGGUUUAAAAGAUAUUCACCUCGGAACCCAAAUCCAUGGAUACUCGAUCAGAAUCGGAAUGGAAUCUCUAAUUCCCGUAACAAAUGCCCUAGUUACAAUGUACGCGAAAUGUGGCGACAUUUGUAAUGCAAAUCAUGCAUUUAAGUUAAUGCCAUUUAAAGAUAUCAUAUCAUGGACAACCAUGAUCACGAUAUUUUCCAAUAUCGGGAACAUAGAAAAAGCUCGGGAAUAUUUCGAUCGAAUGCCGGAACGGAAUCUCGUAUCUUGGAAUUCAAUGUUGAAGGGGUACGUACAAAACGGGAUUUGGGAAGAGGGUUUUAAGGUUUUUGUUUUAAUGAGACAAAAAGGAGUUAAACCGGAUUGCAUCACUUUUGUAACUUCAAUAAGCGCGUGUGCUAAUGCAGCCAUUUUAAAACUCGGAAACCAAGUAGUCUCUCAAAGUGUAAAGUUUGGGUUUGGAAAUGACGUUUCGGUAAAAAAUAGUAUAAUUACAAUGUACUCAAAAUGCGGGCGAAUUCAAGACGCAAAAAAAACAUUUGAUUCGAUAGUGUCAAAGAAUUUGAUUUCAUGGAAUGCGAUGAUGGAUGGUUACACGCUAAGUGGCGAGGGUAAUUUAGUAAUAGAUACGUUUGAGAAAAUGAUAUGGUCGGGCAUACUGCCCGACCAUAUCAGUUACGUAUCCGUCCUAUCGGGUUGCAGUCAUUCAGGUCUGCAACCUGAAGGACAACGUUAUUUCAAUAUGUUGCUAAAAGAUGAAAGAAUUCCACCAACUUGUGAGCAUUACGCGUGUAUGGUGGAUUUACUUUGUCGUGCGGGAUUUAUCGAAAAAGCAAAAGAUUUAAUUGACAAAAUGCCAAUUGAGCCAAAUGCUGCGGUGUGGGGAGCUUUGCUUGGUGGUUGUAGGAUUCAUGGGAAUGCAACAAUGGCGGAAACGGCUUUGAAGAAUCUUGUGGUAUUGGAUGCGGAAGAUUCCGGAACCUAUGUGUUGUUAGCGAAUCUUUAUUCCGUUUCCGGGGAGUUGGAUUCCGUUUCCGAUGUGAGACGGGUUAUGAAGGAGAAAGGAAUAAGGAAAAAUCCGGGGUGUAGUUGGAUUGAAGUUGAUAAUAGGGUGCAUGCUUUUACUGUUAAUGAUACAAAUCAUCCAAGAAUUAAUGAUGUUUAUAAAAAAUUGGAGGAGAUUAUUAAAAAGGUUGAAGAUGUAGGAAUGUAUUCUAGUAAUAAGGCGAAGGCUUAUCAUAGUGAGAAGCUUGCGAUGGCUUUUGGGUUGAUGAGUUUGCCAGCUUGGAUGCCUAUUCAUAUAAUGAAGAAUCUUCGAAUAUGUGAUGAUUGUCAUUCGGUGAUGAAAUUGGUAUCUCUUGUUACUUCAAGGGAACUUGUAAUUCGAGAUGCAAAUCGGUUUCAUCAUUUCCGGGAUGGGUUUUGCUCAUGCCGGGAUUACUGGUGA